GCCCCGCCCCCCGGCGCUUUCCUUUUUUUCACUUUAAAGCCUACGGGUGCUUUUCCUUCUUCGCACAGGAGUCGCGCUCGGCAGCCCGCGCGCUCGCAGGAACCAGGCUCCAGGCGCUGGCGCCGGGGCCGCGGGGAGGAGACGGCUUCUCUCCCGGCGGCGGGAGCCUCCUUGGCCCCGGAGAGCAGGCGGCGGCGGCGGCGGCGGCGGCGGCGGCGUCCUCCCCGGAACGGCAGUACCAGAUGCUCCACACCGGGCAGAGGCCGCCUAGCAAACUCCCUUAGGAGUGCCGUCCAGGCCUGAUUGGAAAACUGGAGAAGAGGCCCCGUGAUUGAUGACUUUGCCUUGGGCGUUGGUGACCAGGUGAAACGGGAGGCCGACAUGGGUCAGAAGGUCACUGGAGGUAUCAAGACGGUGGACAUGAGGGACCCCACGUACCGGCCCUUGAAGCAGGAGCUCCAGGGUCUGGACUACUGCAAGCCCACCCGCCUGGACCUGCUGCUGGACAUGCCCCCCGUGUCCUACGACGUCCAGCUGCUCCACUCCUGGAACAACAAUGACCGCUCGCUCAACGUCUUUGUGAAGGAGGACGACAAGCUGAUCUUUCACCGGCAUCCGGUGGCCCAGAGCACGGACGCCAUCAGGGGCAAAGUCGGGUACACGCGCGGGCUGCACGUGUGGCAGAUCACGUGGGCCAUGAGGCAGCGCGGCACCCACGCCGUGGUGGGGGUGGCGACGGCAGACGCCCCCCUGCACUCCGUGGGGUACACGACACUCGUGGGGAAUAACCACGAGUCCUGGGGCUGGGACUUGGGGCGCAACCGGCUCUACCAUGACGGCAAAAACCAGCCGAGCAAAACGUACCCAGCCUUUCUGGAGCCGGACGAGACGUUCAUUGUCCCUGACUCCUUCCUGGUGGCCCUGGAUAUGGACGACGGGACCCUGAGCUUCAUUGUGGAUGGACAGUACAUGGGAGUAGCUUUUCGGGGACUCAAGGGCAAAAAACUUUAUCCCGUAGUGAGUGCCGUCUGGGGCCACUGUGAGAUCCGCAUGCGCUACUUGAAUGGACUUGACCCGGAACCCCUGCCGCUCAUGGAUCUCUGCCGCCGCUCGGUGCGCCUGGCCCUGGGGAAGGAGCGCCUGGCGGAGAUACACGCGCUGCCACUGCCCGCCUCCCUCAAGGCCUACCUCCACUACCAGUGACGCCCCGCCCGGAGCGCCCGCGCGACCGCCCCCGUCCGCCCCGGCGCCACUUCACUGAGCCACCGCCGCGCCCC